CCAUUUCUGUUAGGUAUCGGUAGAUACAAAUAUGUCAUCAGCUGCUCCUAAAGCUGGUGUGUCAUCUGGAUUGCCAAAUUCUGCUCUAGAUGUCAUAAAUUCCGUUGUAAAAAGAAAAUCUCCUGACACCCCUAUUGAAGAGUCAAUUGCAAAAAGACCAGCUCCACAAAAUCAGCAGCAUGCACAUCUGGCUGGUCAGAACCCAAUGCUUGCAUCAAUGUUGGCUCAGACACCAAGAACAGCACCUUCUGUUCCUACCAGUGUAGCCAAUGCCAUUGUGUCGCAGCUACCUCAAGAACGAUUGCCAAAGAACCUUGAAAAGAAAUUGGUGCACACACCAUAUACUGCAGCUCCUACAAGUGGCACAAGCUCAGCUUCGAACAGUCAGUAUAGUUUCAGUCAAGUACAAGUGGGAGCACGCAGUCUUUUAUCAACUUCACUUCAACAGGAAGUAUUUACUGCAGAUUCUCGAGGGCAUGUUACUCUUGCCCCACAAAAUACACCGUCAAACUUUCAACAGGCUUCUAAUUUUUUUAAUAAAAUGCUCCCUUCUGGUGAAAAUAACCAGUCUGUUAAUCUGCAAGUUGGCAAUUAUGGUAAUCAUUUUGCAUCUAAUUCACAACCACAUCUGUCUCUACAUUCAACUUCAAAUUUAUUUGAUGGCAUCGCUGAAGCUACCAAUGAUUCUAACAAUAUGGUCAAUACUUCAGAUCCUUUAUUAUCAGAUAUUCUUGAUCAGGUUUGGAGUAUGGAACAAGACAUGCAUUUAGACAGUACAGUUGCUGAUGAUUUAGCAUUGUAUAAAUUACUGGAAGAUAUCCCUGAUACACUACCUGUUGCUAGUCCCAAACCACCUACUACUCAUGAUGUAAAUGAAAAAAUGGCCAUCAAUGCUAUUCAGAGGCAGCUUAUGAGUUUUGAAGUACCUGGUUCUCCUACUGUACCUAGGCAUUCUCCUCGUUUUCAGCAGCCUUCGUCAGCUGCCAUGAGUAUGACUCAAUCUCAAAUGGCUCCAAGUUCAUAUUCGCAAAUGAGCCAAUACCAAGCUGCUCCACCAGCAUAUACAAUGUCUAAUCCAACUCAGAGGACUCGAACACCUAAUAUGCAUGUUGUCCAAAAUAAUGCUGUAAAUAUGGUACCUACUUCUCAGCAAAUGGUUCAAAUGAAUAGUCAACGCCAAGUUUUACCACACUAUGGGCCAAUUACAUCAUUGAAUGAUCUUUCACCUCAGAUGAGACGACAUCUUAUUGAACAUAGACAGAAAAUAUAUCAACAACAGCAGCAAAAGAGGUUACAAAUGCAACAGAAACAGCAGUUGUCCCUUAACACAAGGCAGUCAAUACCUGAUAAUAUCUCCAAUAUGCAGUCUCCAGCUUCAGGUCCUUUUAAUGAGAAUAUGAAUGACCUUAUGAAUAACACUGUUGCUCCAAAUGUGACAUUACAGAGAUCUGUUAGUAUGCCUGAUUCACAGCUAUCUCCCAGAUUCUCCAAUAUGCAACCAAUGCCUAAUUCAGCUGCCCCACCUCCCAGUCCAUCUCAGCUUUCACCUGGCCAACGUCAGCAGCCACCUUUCUCACCAAUGUCCCAAUCGGGCUAUCCUAACAAUUACCCGCAAUCCCGACUUUCACCUCACAUGCAGUCUCAGUCUGGUUCCAAUCAAGCUUGGGUGCAGAGGGCAUCACAAAAUUCAGCUAAUCUUCAGCAGCUGAAUCCUAUGCUUAAUGCCCAACUUUCACAACAGGCUUCUUUUGCAACGCAGGCACGAUUUUCGGCUCAACAGCAGCAGCAACAGCCACGCCAGUUAAUAGUUCGCUCUAUGCCUAGUCCUGGUUCCAGAAAUUCACCUUAUUCCAAUCCUCCUGAUUCACCAUUUCAUCCACCUUCACCUGGUGUGGCAUUAUAUCAACAACAGCCUACUGCACUACCGCAACAGCCAGCACAACCCCCUCCACAAAGGCUUCAAAGAGCAGUAUCCAUUCCAAAUCGAGUCAACUCUCCUCGUGGCCUGCAGGCAGGUUACAGUGGAGCAGAUCCAAUUUUGUCUCCACAGACCUCCCCUGGGAGUUAUAAUCCUCCUGUUUCUAGUUAUAAUUCUUCCAUGCCAGUUUCAACUUCAUCGAGUUAUAAUUCAGAUUCUUUUUCAUAUGAACAGCAAGUAUAUCCCUCUUCCAUGAUAGAUAGAAAUCGUGGUAACGGAGGAGGUGCAAUGGCUUCAGAAUAUGUUCGACAAGAGCUUAGGGCUAUGGUGGGUGCUAGAACUCAGCAGCAUCAGGUGCACCAGCAGCAAUUAGUACAACAAAUGGCUCAAGCACCAGGAUCUCAGUCUGCAAAUCAGUCUCUUAGUCAAGCUGAUUUUGAUACACUAGGAUUCUCUCUUGACCUUGGCAAUGAUGGUCAGCCAUCAUCUCCCGCUUUGUUUCCUCAGUCCCUUCUUAGUGUUGCCGGAGGAAGUGAAAAUCAGACUCGGACUGGUAGUCCUAGGUAUCAAAUGGAAGAACGACCUGCUGAACAGAAAAAGUCACUUCUGCAACAGUUACUUUCAGAACCUCCAUGAAAUUUUUUUCUGCAUAGCUAAGUGAACUCAUGAAGUGGAUUAGUGUGCUUUUGUUUGAUUUUAUAUAUAUAAAAAAAGUGUUUGACUCAUGUCCACUUAAUAAACAUUUCGGGCUCUGUUGACCCAGCUCGCUGUUAACUUCGUGCUGGUUGCAGAUAGAGGAGAGCCCUUUUGGGAUCACUAAAUUCUCAGGAAUGGAGCAUGUGUUGUGUGUGCUCUUACGUUUGCAAAAUAUUUGAGAAACACGACACCAAGUCAUCAUUUGGAAAAGAUUACCUGCUUUAUACUAAUGAAAAAAUUUGUGUGUAUAUAUGCAUAUAAAUAAAUAUAUAAAUAUAUAUAUAUAUAUACAAUUGUAUACACAGUGUUAUACAUUCUUGUAAUGCUUGCAGUGCACAGUUCUGUGGCCUCUUAGAUGCUGCUGUUUAUAGGCUAUUUUCUUCAUCAAAUUUGCCUGAAUUUGUACAGCAUGUUUGUUGUGUUUGUUGUAUGCAUGUAUGUCAAUGUACAUAUAAAUACAUAUAUAAGUAUAGAAAUAUUGUAUUUGCAUAGUUUGUUCAUUAUGGACUUGAGGUGUGUUCAGAACUGAAGUUCAUAAUUUGUGUAUAGAAUUUGUUUUUUGUGAUUCAACCUGUGUUCACAAUGAACUGGAGAAUGUAACAUGGGAUAUACAUUGUGAUCUAAUUUGUAUUUAUGGCUUUGUAAAAAAAAGUAGCCUUGAAAUUAUUUUAAGAAAUGUAGGUAAUUGUAGAAUGUUGAAAACGUUUUAACAUUAUAUAUAAAAAUUAUAAAGAUAUAUUCAAUUUCGCUUGUAUAGAUUGUUAUAAAAAUUCUGACGUAUUUUUGUAUGAAAUGGAAUUUAUUUCCUUGAAUAGAAUAAUUUGAAAAUUUUCUGACAUCUUUAUAUUAUUUGAUAGCUUGAAGUUCGCAUCUAUUUUAUUUAAGCAGUAAUUUCAUUACAACCUUUAAAAGGUUUUAUAAUGUAUCCACUUGUUAGAGAGUUAUCAAUUUUAAGAAAGUAUUCAAAAUAAAUAGCUUCCUUUUUUAAAAUGACAGUGAGAACCCAAGACUUCCCAGGCACAUAAACUACAAUUCAGUUGAUUGUUCAAUAAUAUAUUGAAGCUCAAAAUGUUAAUAUACUUUUGGAGAAUCUGUUAUUAAGUGAUGCAUUGAAGUUACUUUGCAUAUUCACAAGAAAAUUAAAAGUAUCAAAAGUUGUAGAGCUAUACAGUUGCGAAUUAGCUUCCUUUACUUGUUACACAUUUCUAAAAUAAAAUAAAAACCCGAAAUAUGUGUUCAGCUAAGAAUUAUUUUAUUAAAAUAUUUUACAUGCAAUAUGCUGUCUGUAGUCUUUUAUUGCAGAUGUUGAUUUUAUAAAUUUUGGAAUUGAGACUAGUUGUAAGACAGGGACUGAUAUAGCUUCUCUUCUUAGAAAUUUAGCUCUUUAUAAAUUUGAGUAUGUAUAGUUAUUUGGUUAAAAAGUGCCUAUAUUUAUAGAGUAUUAUAACUCACAAAAAUUGCAAUUACUGUCAAUUCCCAAUUUACUGGAAUAAUAUCAAAGAUACUUGAACACUGCUAAGUUGAAACUCAUGUCUGCAAAUUGAUUAGAAUAUUACAUUUGAUGAUUCAUUGUGGGUGAUCUAUCACUGCUGUUACAUGUUUUUCCUUUUUGUAUCUUGGUAGACAGUUCUGAUAGUAGUUCCUGGAUAUGUUAACCUGUGCCCAGUUAGUUAAGAGUUGAUUUUAUUCAAAUAAAGUCUUAAAAUUUCUGGUUACCUACAGUUUCCAUUUUCAAUAUUUAAAUUUUAGCGAUACAGUUAAAGAAUUAAUGUAUAUAUGAAAAUUUUAGUGUGUGAUUGCUAUUUUAAAUAUAUGAAAUUUGUUUCUCUAAUUGUUGUUUGAGAUCUUAAUUUAAAAAAAAAAUAACUCCUAGUGGAGAAAAAAGAGAAUGUUACUAUAUUCAAUAGUUCUUGUGAGUUGUGAUUAUGAGUUUUCACAUUUUUGUACAUAGCAUGAAUGUUAAUGUAUUAUUGCUGCAUUUUUAAAUUCAUAAGAUGAAAAUAUUUAUUAAAUUUUAGAGAUAUUUGAUUAGUAUUUAUAAGGGGGAAAAGUGUCUACAGGUCAUUGUGAACAUGAAUUAUAAGUAGUGUCAUCAAUAGUGAGUUUUAAAAUUAAAUAAAUGAAUUGUCUGUGAUCAGUCGCUCGCUUGAGAAUUUUAGCAUUCUUCUGAAGUUAAUUGUGUAUAUAAUAGUACAAAAGAAAGUGGCUUGGUUUGUGUUGUCCAAAUUAUUAUAAAGUACUUUUGUAGUCUUUAUUUUAUAAUAUUUUCAGUUAAUUUAUAUGGAUUUCAGUAUAUUGUCAUUGUUAAAAUUUGUAUGGAAGUAAUUAAGAAAAUAUUUUAGCGAAGUAAUUUUUUGAUCAUCCAGAGCUGAAAUUCUGUAGUGUAUUUGAUCUUUUAAACAGCUUACCAAAAUAUCUCUUCGCAAAGUAUACUAUUUGAAUAUAAUUUUCUUUUAUUGGUCAGCGUAAAGGCAGCGUUUUUAAAAAUCUAUGGUUAUAUGCACCUGUUAGAACAUUUCAAAUGUUUAUAAUUCACUCUAGUCUGCUGAAGUAAUUAUUUCUUUGAAUUCUUCAUUGUCUUAAAUUCUUAUGUGAUAGCUUUCAAUUUCUGAAGUACCUGCAUCGUGAUUAUAAAGAUCUGACUUUAAUAAUUACUGUAAUUAAAAAAGAACUGCAUUGUGAAGGGCUUUGAAUUGAAAUAAAAAGCAUUCUAGGUAAGAGCUAGAUAAAUUUGAGGUUUUUUUAAGUUAAUACUGUAAUUCAUAAAAGUCUGCUGUCAAUAAGUUCAAGAUCAAGCAUUUAAAAAUUAAAAAAAAAAAGUAAAUUCUGGUUGUAUUUGGAUACGAUUUAUCAACUUAACAUUUUUAUUCCCCUCUCAAAUUUUUGUUCUUCAUUUUGGAGCCAUUUUUACACCAAGAUGUUUUUAAUUUGAAAAAUAGUUGAUUUUUGGUAUCUUUAGUUUUCAAGUGACUUGUUAGAUAGAAAUGUGGGAUUUCUCCUUGAACUUUCCUAUUAAUCAUUUUGAAGACCUUUUUUGAUACCUUUGCUGUUAAUUGAUAUUAUCAAAUAUGUUUUUUCUUUUCGUACUGUUUUAAAAUUUGGUAAUCCCCUGUUCGUUCAUUUUUAUAAUAAAUAAUACUGUUUUGCUUUUUUUGGGGGGGAGGGGGCCAUCACAGUUAUACAAGCAUAUGUUUUUUUGUUCUCAAUAGCGUUCACUGAAUAAAAUGCCAUUUCAUAAAUAUUUUAGUAGUCAACGGAAAUUGCUGCUGUUCUGAAGGAAAUGAAUCACUGGCAGCUUGGAAAAUUUGCCCGAUUAUUAGUUUAUAGUCAGUGUAAUCAUUGUUCUUAUCUGGAAUGCUCUUUGUUAUGUAUAACUUGAGUAUGAAAUUAAUGUUACUUUUAAAUAUUAUUGAUUGUAUUAAAAAUUGCUGUUUAUAUUACUCAGCAUGCAGAUGAUUUCUGAAAUACUUAGUGUUACAUCUAUAAGAAUUGAGAGAGAAAAAUUAAUAAUGAAUGGCCAGAUCCUGCACAUGGCAGUUACAGAAAAAUUACUUGAAAUAUGAGAAUCAGUCUGAGGUGUAAUCUCAAUAAUAUUUAAAGAGUUUAAAUUUUUUUCCCUCAUGGAAGUAUAAUGGAUUAACUUUAUAUGAUGUGCUAAUGCUAUUCUGAAUCAAAUUUUUGUUUUGAAGAGUAUUUCUAUAUACAUUUUUAGGACAUAUAUAUAAAACACAAGUGUACUGUGUUUAGCGAAACAUUAUAAUGCUCAUGUUAAAAAAAAAUCUGGUGAUCCCAUUUUAAUCUGUUAUUUAAUAUUUGCAGUUUAUUUUUUGUAUACAGUUGUAGUUUUUAGUGAUUAUAUUGCCUGAAAGUUGCAACUUGAGUCUUACAAUUUCAGUGAUUGUAGAGGGUUGUGAAGAAAAAAGCCUCACUAAUAAAUGAUGUCCAUUAAGUGAUAUAACUGAUGGUCCAAAAAAUAUACUAACGCCAAAAGAUUAUUUAGCUUAGCUUAACAGUGCACUUUUACUAUAGUUGUGCGUGGUGCAGAAUAUUUCUUGAGAAAUAUUUUUAUAAUAGAAUACCAACACAGUGAUUUUAGAUGAGUUCUACUGUGUGAAGUCCUGUGGAGCUCACGAAAGACAAAAGCAGUGAUUUUUUAGAUUAACAGUUUUUUGCAUGUUGUAGAAUAUAUGGAAUAACAUAAGAAAUGAGUUGUUGGACUUUAAAAUGAUAGUUCUAGCAUUGACUGAUGUACCACUUAUAGAAUUUAGUUUGAUUGGACUUCACCAGAGCAUAUAUUUAUAUUUUAGUGAAUACAUAUAGAAUUAGAAUUAUGAAAAUUGGUAAUAAAAUUAGUAAGGUGCCUUGUUAAAAGUAAAAAAGUAAUACCAAUUUGUUUCAUAAAGAUUUUAUUUUCAGAGAAAUGUCUUGAAAGUGAGUUGAAAUAUUUAUUUCUUCUCACUAAGAACUUACCUUUUUUUUUACUACUUAAAAAUGUGCAUUUAAAAAGAAACUGCUUCUCCUUAAUUGAGUUACUUCAUACACCAAUACCGGUUUUUCAUAUAGAGCUGAAAACAUUGGUGUAUUUUAUAUAAAUUAUUAAUUUUAAUACUGUGUGAAAUUCUGUAUCAAAAUUUAAUACCUAGCAAGAGCAUACUGAAAAUAAUUUUAAACCUUAAAUAGUAGUCCAGAAGUAUAAUUUGUUCUUUAUAGACUUAUCCAUGUACUGUGCUUUAUUUCUCUGAUUGUUUGGUUAUGAAAAUGAAGAGGGAAUAUUUUUGUAAAUUAUUUUAAUGUAAAGGCACUAUUUCUAGGAGAGUUAAUGAUUAUUUUUGAAAAACCUCUCAUUUAAUAUCAUUCGUUUUUCACUCAUUAUGUAAACUUUCAUCUUUGUAUAGUAUAUUUAAUGCAAAUUAACAAACCACAAGCACCAAGUUAGACCUGCACUAAUUUUUAUUGCUCUUGGACAUCAAUUUUGUCUGUGCACAUACAUUGUAGAUCUGGUCUUUUCCUUCCCCUUCAAAGAACUAGCCUCUAAAUUAUUAGUUUUGUCAUUGUACCAUAUGUGUCACAAAAAUGCAAUGUUUGUUUUCUUGAAAAUUAUUUUUGGGAGUGUGAGAGUUGCUUUGUUGCAUGGGAAGCAUUUUGAACAUACAUAAUUUUGGUCAUUUGAAAAUGCUUUUUGUAUAGUUUGAAUUCAUCAUUCAUUUAAUCUUAUUCUCAGAUUAACUGUGAAUUAAUAAAGUGGGUUUAUAUUAC